UGAAAACAAUCGUAAAAUCCGAGACAGGAUCUGCAAUGAAGCAGUGACAAUUGUAUUUUAUAGAUGAUGGAAAGGUAGCUCUUUGAUGAUGUUGGCAUCGUGCUGUACGGCCUUGAGGCCGACGUUAGCACCGCGAUCCGUUUUCGCAAGAACAUACGUUGCCAGACAAGCGAAAGAUCGAAUGAGAUGGUGGCUUGACUUUGAUCCUCACAAGCAUGGCGAGAAAAUGUUUGAACAAUACUCCAAGAAGGAGGCCAAGAGAGUCGAAUCUCUUCAAGAGAGAGUUAAAAGAUUUAGAGCCAUGCGUGGAAGAACGGACGACCUGGACGCUCUCGAAGAGCUUGCUAAAGAGGAGGAAAAAGAGCCUCUUCGACCUAAAAACUGGCAACCUCCACCAGCUGAGCUGCCGAAGGACUUGGGCUAUGUUGUGAAGCGGACGCGUUUCGGACAGCUGCCAGUGUACACGCGCUACUUGAACAUGCGUGAAGUGUGCAAAAUCAAUAUCCGGCGUGUGGACGGUGACCUAUGGAUCCUGAAAGCAGAACUGAAAAAGGAUCUCGGCAUCGAUUUAAUUCAAGUCAACGAGCUGACAGGACAGCUCAACGUCUUCCCAUUGUGGGAGAAGAAGUUUGAAGUGAAACAAGCGAUUGAAGAGUUCCUUUACCGAAAAGGAUUUUAGAAGGCUAUCAGCUGCAUUAGCAGCAGGAGGUGUACUCCUGACCUGUAAGAUUUCUGUAUAUAGUAGAGACCUGGUAAUUGAAGCUGGACUAUCUGCCUGCUAGGCAGGUUGAUCUAUCAGGAUUUCUCUUUUUUUUGUAAUUACCGUAACCCCGCUUUGAUAUGCAUCGGCGCUUUCUGUACCACGAAUCAGCCGGCUGUUACUUGUGCGUGUGUGUGUGUGUGUGUCACUCCCUCACUGCGGUUUGGUGAGCCCGUAAGUGGUAUAAUUUCCAAUUCCAAGUUCACCAGCUCAA